AUGUCAGUUUUCCUUUCCUUUGCUUUCCUGGCAGCGAUUCUUGCUCAUGUAGGCUGCAGUAACCAGCGUCGGGGUCCAGAAGCCAGUGGGAGAAGAUUUAACCGGAUCCAGCACGGGCAGUGCACCUAUACUUUCAUUCUGCCAGAACAGGACGGGAGCUGUCGUGAAAGCACAACAGAUCAGUACAACACAAAUGCUCUGCAGAGAGAUGCUCCUCACGUGGAACAGGAUUUCUCUUCCCAGAAACUCCAACAUCUGGAACAUGUGAUGGAAAAUUACACUCAGUGGCUGCAAAAACUUGAGAACUACAUUGUGGAAAAUAUGAAAUCGGAGAUGGUGCAGCUGCAGCAGAAUGCUGUGCAGAACCACACUGCCACCAUGCUCGAGAUAGGCACCAGCCUCCUCAGUCAGACUGCAGAGCAGACCAGAAAACUCACCGAUGUUGAAACCCAGGUGCUAAAUCAAACAUCCAGACUUGAAAUUCAGCUGCUGGAAAAUUCACUGUCUACGUACAAGCUAGAAAAACAGCUACUACAACAAACCCAUGAAAUCCUGAAAAUUCAUGAGAAAAACAGUUUACUUGAGCACAGAAUUUUAGAAAUGGAAGAAAGGCAUAAAGAGGAGCUGGACACUUUGAAGGAGGAAAAAGAGAACCUACAGAGCUUGGUUACACGACAAAGCUACAUAAUCCAGGAACUAGAGAAGCAGUUAAACAAGGCAACAAGUAACAACAGUGUCCUGCAGAAGCAGCAGCUUGAAUUGAUGGACACAGUUCACACUUUGAUUACCCUCUGUUCCAAGGAAGGAGUUUUACUAAAGAAUGUAAAAAAGGAAGAAGAAAAGCCUUUCAGAGACUGUGCAGAUGUAUACCAAUCUGGUUUUAACAAAAGUGGGGUCUACACUAUUUAUAUUAACAAUGUGUCAGAUCCUAAAAAGGUCUUCUGCAAUAUGGAAAUUGCUGGAGGAGGCUGGACAGUUAUACAGCACCGAGAAGAUGGGAGUCUGGAUUUUCAAAAGAGCUGGAAAGAAUACAAAAUGGGUUUCGGUAGCCCAUCAGGUGAACAUUGGCUGGGAAAUGAAUUUAUCUUUGCAAUAACAAGCCAGAGGCAAUAUUCUCUAAGAAUUGAAUUAAUGGACUGGGAAGGAAAUCAAGCAUAUUCACAGUAUGACAGAUUUCACAUAGGAAAUGAAAAGCAGAACUACAGGCUCUAUUUAAAAGGUCACAGUGGGACAGCUGGAAAGCAGAGCAGUCUGAUCUUACAUGGUGCUGAAUUCAGUACGAAAGAUGCUGACAAUGACAACUGCAUGUGUAAAUGUGCUCUCAUGUUGACUGGAGGGUGGUGGUUUGAUGCCUGUGGCCCCUCCAAUCUCAAUGGGAUGUUCUACACAGCUGGGCAAAACCAUGGAAAGCUCAAUGGCAUCAAGUGGCAUUACUUCAAAGGCCCCAGCUACUCCCUGCGCUCCACCACCAUGAUGAUUCGGCCCUUGGACUUCUAA